AUGAAAGCAAUACUCCAGCGAGUCCUAUCUAGCACCGUCACGGUCAAUGGUCAAACCGUUUCAGCUAUCGGCAAAGGAGUUCUUGUUCUCGCUGCAAUUGGACCCGAUGACACAAAGAAGGAUGCCGAAACCAUGGCUUCCAAAAUCGUAAAGAUGAGAUUGUGGCCAGACGAAUCUGGUCUCAACUGGAAGAAGAGCGUUCAGGACAUCGAGGGGGAGAUCAUGUGCGUGUCUCAAUUCACACUGAUGGCCAAUACAAGGAAGGGCACGAAGCCUGAUUUCCACGGAGCGGCGAAGCCAGAAGUUGCAAAGGAGCUAUACGACUAUUUUGUGAGUCGCGUUCGUGAACAGCACGGCUUGGACAGAGUCAAAGAUGGUGUCUUCCAAGCCAUGAUGCAAGUCAGUCUUGUCAAUGACGGUCCAGUCACCAUCGAGAUCGAUACAAGUCCUCCGAAGAAGGAUUCCUCGAGCAGCUCCAAAAACGGCACUGGAGCGUCGACGCCAGUACAGCAGGAGACUACUUGA